AUGCCUCGUCUCGUCUCUCAAUCCACCCUGGCUGCAUCGCUUCGAUCCACCUCUACUCGGUCGAUCUCCACCUCGGCCCUUCCCCGAGCUACCGUUGCUCUCGCCGCUCGCUCCGUCGCUCAGCGCUCUUUCGCCCAGCUCCCCCGCACCGCCGCCUUCUCCACUUCGGCCCGCAUCAUGGGUGGUCACGCCGGUAUCGGUAAGGGUGAGGACAACGUCCGUCCCGACGCCGACAAGGUCCUCCAGGACAUUGCCGACUAUGUGCACAACUACAAGAUCGACUCCAAGGUCGCCUACGACACCGCUCGUCUUGUCCUCCUCGACUCGUUGGGAUGCGCCAUGGAGGCUCUCCGCUUCCCUGCCGCUGCCAAUGUCUGCGGUCCCGUUGUUCCCGGCACCGUCGUGCCCAACGGUGCCCGUGUCAUUGGUACAAACUACGAGCUCGACCCCAUCCGUGCCGCCUUCAACAAUGGUGCUCUCAUCCGAUGGCUCGACUUCAACGACACUUGGCUCGCCGCUGAGUGGGGUCACCCUUCGGACAACAUUGGUUCCAUCCUCUCGGUCGCCGACUGGAUCAGCCGCACCAACAUUGCCAACGGCAAGAAGCCUCUGACCGUUGAGGACGUCCUCACCGGUGCCAUCCAGGCUCACGAGAUUCAGGGCUGCCUCGCCCUCGAGAACUCGUUCAACCGUGUCGGUCUCGACCACGUCGUGCUCGUCAAGGUCGCUUCGGCUGCCGUCGUCUCCAAGAUGCUCGGCAACACCCGUGACCAGACUGUCGACGUUGUCUCGCAGGCUUUCGUCGACGGCCAGUCGCUCCGAACCUACCGUCACGCUCCCAACGCCGGCUCGCGCAAGUCGUGGGCUGCUGGUGACGCCUGCUCGCGUGCCGUCAACCUCGCCCUCCUCGUCCAGAAGGGAGAGCAGGGCUACAACUCGGUGCUCACCGCCAAGACCUGGGGCUUCUACGACGUGCUCUUCAAGGGCAAGGAGUUCAAGUUCCAGCGCCCUUACGGCUCGUACGUCAUGGAGAACGUGCUGUUCAAGCUCGUCCCUGCUGAGUUCCACUCCCAGACUGCCAUUGAGGGCGCCAUCACCCUCCACGGCCGCAUGCAGAAGAACGGCAAGACCUCGGAUGACAUCAAGAGCGUCACCAUCAAGACCCAGGAGGCUGCCGUGCGCAUCAUCUCCAAGACGGGCAAGCUGAACAACUACGCCGACCGUGACCACUCGCUCCAGUACAUCACCGCCAUGGGUCUCAUCAACGGCAAGCUCGACCCCGAGGACUACUCGGACGAGGUUGCCGCCAACCCCAAGAUCGACGAGCUGCGUGAGAAGAUGGCUGUUGAGGAGGAGCCCCGCUACACCACCGAGUACCUCGACCCCGAGCUUCGCUCCAUCGGCAACAGCGUCGAGAUCACCUUCAACGAUGGUACCACCGACUCGGUUGCGCUCGACUACCCCGUCGGCCACGCCCGCCGCCGCGAGGAGGCCAAGCCCCUGAUCAAGAGCAAGCUGCAGAAGCACCUCAAGGGCUUCUUCCCCGAGGCCAAGCAGGCCGAGAUCGUCGCUCUGCUCGAGGACCACGAGAAGCUCGCCAAGCUGCCCGCCAACGAGUUUGUCGACCUCUGGGUUCGCGACCAGUAA